AUGACCUUCGCUCAAUGGCGGACCAAGAUAGAAGGAACUGCCUUGCGUCAGCCGUUCGUCGUUCAGGUUGGUAACCGGCUUCAGACUCGCAACUUGCACGUCAGUGGACGAACACCUGGCCUGGCGGCUGCUUUGCAGCCGUCAUCGUCAGUGGACGCGUACAAUAUGUGUCCGUUCGCAAUACGUCGGCUCCUGGUUAGCGCCGUGCUGUUAACGUACCUUAGUGUCACAGGUUGCUACGCUAAGCCACAGAAUAGUCCCGAAAGCCCUUACCAAGUCUCCAUAACCCAAGACCACCAUGAGACGUCAAAAACCGUGUGGUGGGCCUUGGGGAACGCCUCCCCAUCCGGGGCGGGGGAGGCGCCUCCGGAGCGCUGGGGCCCGGAGGCUUACUUCGCGUGGGUGUGGUCCCCGCUGCACACCGUCCUGGAGGCCGCGCGCCAACUCCCCACCCUCCCCGCCGGCGACGACGCGCCGCGCCUGGUGGCGGCCAGCGCACGAGGGCGCGGCGCGCCAGCGCCCUCUAGCAGGGAGCGGCUGGCGCGCGUCUGGUGGCUGAGGACGCGGCGCGGACUCCGCUGGCGGCGGGUGCGCUGCUGCACCACCUGGCGCGGCGGAACGGCGCGCGCGGCCCGUGGAGGCGAUGCUGGACGCUGGGGGACUCGUCCGCGUCGGCGAGCCACGGGGGACACCGCGCUCAGCUGGGCGGCGGGCCGGGGCCAGCACGCCGUUCCCGGCUUGCUGGCGCCGGCGCCGCCCCGACGCGGGGCGCCGUGCGCCGCACGCCGCUGCACGCCGCCCCGAGGAGGGCCAGGCGGAGGCGGUGCGCGCGUUGCUUGCGCGCCGGCGCGUUCGUAA